AUGGAAGCCUCAGACUGGCAAGUGGGUGAAGGAGAUAAGCCACUAGAGAAGGUGGGGAGUGUUCCCUGCUUAGAGAGGAGCUCCAGCACCGUGCCCGCCGGAGAUGUUCUGGUCCGUCAUGCCAAGGGCCUGAGCCAGGAUACCUUCAAAAUUUGUAAAGAAUAUCUGAGGCCUCUGAAGAAGUUCCUUCGAAAGCUGAACCUGCCCAAGGACCUUCCCCAGAAGAAAAGGAUAAAGUACACGAAGCAGAGCCUUGAGGCCCUAGGGGACCACAUCAACACCUUUCUGCAGCAUUACUGCCGAGCCUGGGAGAUCAAGCACUGGAAAAAAAUGCUCUGGCGGUUUGUCUCCCUCUUCUCGGAACUGGAAGCAAAGCAGCUUCGCCGGCUCUAUAAGUACACCAAAACGAACCAGACGGCCAAGUUCCUGGUCGCGCUCUGCCCCUUGGAUGCACCAGAGAGAUCUUUGCUCGCCAACCAGGAGGACAGUCUCCCCAGGCUCUGCAGUGCCUGGGGGUUGCAUGGAAAUAUCAGCGGCAUGAAGGAGAGGUUGUCCAAGAUGCAAGCCCCUGGCCAAGAGGCUAUCUUGCUGGAUGAGUCAAGGUCCUCACACUGCUCCAGAGAUUCUUUAACGAAACUUCCUCAAAAACCAAAGCUGAAGAAAAAGAGGAUUAAGGAAAGACCAGAGUCUCCCAAGAGCUACUCAUAGGAAGAUCCACAGGGAUGGAGGCCAGCUCCCCUGGCUCCCUGAGCACUCGCAUGUAUACUCUGGAGAAGGAGGGGGUUGAAGAGGGUAAAGACAAUUUACUUUAUCAAAAGGAUACUCAAUUUUUAAUUAUAAAUAAAUGGGUUGGGAAAUAAUAA